CACUUCAAGCCAGGAGGACCUCCAUCUGUGGCUGGGACGCAUCGAGAGGGAACUGUUGGGAGCAGCAGGAGCACCAACGCAAGUGGGAGAUGCAGGACUUUGUGCAGCUGAAAAACAGAGGUUGGAACAGGCUGUGGUAAAGGAGAUUACCUGGUUCAAAGACACCACACACAAUCUUGAAAAGCUUAAAACAAUAAAUCUGGACCCAAAGAUCAUAGCAGAGCAACUCAACGAACAGAAGAUUUUAGCAGUAGAGAUCCUUCAACACAAAUUCAACAUUGAGAAGAUGGUCAAGAUAGCUGAAAUCUUGAUGACUUAUAGUGACGAAGGAGCAGCUGGAGAUCUUCAGACGCCACUAGAAGCCCUACAGGAACAGUGCAACACCACCUCAGCCACCAAUGCCCACGUGGUCCUGCAGUUUGAGCAUGCCCAGUCGCUUCUUGCCCAGUUCUCUGAGGGUCUGGCUGAGGUCUCUCCUUGGCUGAAAGAAACUCAGAAGCUAAUUGGCCAGCUCUCCCUGAGCACAAUUAGCUAUGAAGCACUCCGGGAACAACAGGAGCUCUUACAGGGUCUCAGAGAGUCUAUAGCAGAACAUCGACCUUUGAUUGCGCGCCAGUGCGUUCUAGCUAAGCACUUGUCAGAACUGAACCCUGUUCAGGGUGAACAGUUCUCUCAAAAGGCAGCAGAGGCUGAGGAGCAACACAAAGCCAUCAGACAACGUGUCAGAGAAACUGCCAGCCUCCUUGAGGAGUCCUUGCCACGAUUUACACAAUUGAAUGAAAGGAUGACCCUUAUCAGAGAGAGCCUGGAGCGCCUACACAGUCGCAUACAGACACCCACCUCUCUUCAAGGUCUCACACCAAAGAUUCAGGAACAGCUCCAAGAAAACAAGCAAACCCUUAUUGAGCUGUCCAAGCUGGAACUGGGUCUUAACAGUGUCAAAGGGCAGGCAGAUGAGCUGCUGGCAAACACUCAGGUGGCAGGGGACAAUACCAUUGGCACAACAAUUCAGGGUCGAGUGUCCGGCCUGUCCAAGAUGUGGGAUGAGACUUAUAAAUGUGCUCAGGAGAGGGAGAGCUGGUUACUGAAGCUUCUGGAUCUCGCCAUGAAGUACUGGAGUGAUUUCAGCGAAAUGACAAAUGACCUGAACGAUGCUCAGCAGGCCAUUUUGGAUCUCAAUGCCUGUCUGACAGAUUCUGAAACAAUCCGCCAAAGCCUUGGAAGCAUGCAGUCACUUAGGGAGGAUAUAGACAGCUUGCAAGGAGACUUGGACAAUCUUGGAGUCCUAGGAAUGGAUCUGAUGUUAGCAUGCGGCGACACAGAAAAACCAGACGUCACAAAAAGCAUGGAUGAACUUUAUUGCACGUGGAAUAAUUUAAGCAAACUUUGGACGGACUCUAACAAGAAGCUAGAGGACUCCUUGCAGAUGGCGCUUCAUUAUCAAGAUACCAUGCAGGGCCUUUUCGAGUGGUUAAAGUCAGUGGAGUUGAGAUCUACAGAGGAAUUUAUAGUAGGAACUGACUUGGAGGCUGUCAAAGAGCAGCUCUGUGAUCUUAAGGAAUUUAAGCGAGAACUGUACCAGAAGAAGAUUGAGAUUGAGAGCCUGAACCAUCGCUUUGUGUGCCGGUUGUCUCCGGGCUCGGAACGCCCCGGCUCAUUCUCUCCGCUGUGCGACUUUAGACAGCGGUGGGACAGACUUGAGUCUGAGACCGUGAACAGACAGCAUGUGUUAGAGUGUGCUCUGCUGGGUCUGGGUCAGUUCCAAAACACACUGGAUGAGCUGCACACAUGGCUUUCCAGAACCGCUGAACAGCUACAUGGCAACCAGCCAAUCAGCAUGGACCUGCAGACCUGUGAAAUAGAGCUAGCUAAGCACAAGGUGUUACGCAAUGAUGUCAUGUCUCAUGUUCGCACCAUUGAGUCUCUGAACCAGGCAGGCAGGAAGCUGCUGGAGGCUGGGUCUGGAGACAGCACACAUUGUCUGCAGUCUCAGUUGGAGGAAGUGAAUGAAAGUUGGGAGUUUGUGCGCUGCGAGACUGAGCGCAGGCAGCUGGAAUUAGAGAACAGACUGAGUCAGGUGCAAGAUGUUACCAUGGAGAUCCAGGAUCUCAUUCAGUGGCUGGAAAACACAGACCUGAGGCUGUCGUCCGCUAAAACCACCUGGGGCUUGCCAGAUUCAGCAAGUGAAAGGCUUAAUGCACAUUUGGAAUUGUGUAAUGAGAUGGAGUCUAAAGUUCAAGCCUACACAAAUGUGAGGAAUGCCAUUACUGGGAUGCUGGAGCGAGGAGACCUCGUGAGGGGGUCAAGCACGGAGCACAGCUUAUCUAUACUGGAACAGAAGUGGACAUCUGUUUACAGCAAAGUCCAGGAGCGCAAAGCUAAGCUUACAGAGGGUCUGAGUCUGGCCAAGGAGUUUCACAGCAGUGUCCAGGAACUUUUGAAAAAGAUGAGCGAGUGUGAAGAGUCUAUUAGGGUUCUCCCUGCUCCAAGUUUUGUUCUGGACACAGUUUCCACCCAACUGCAAGAACAUAAGAUCCUGCUGAAUGAGAUAAAUGGCUACAGUGAGAAGAAGACCUCAGUGGAGAAUACAGGCUGUAGGCUAACAGAGCUGAGCAGGAAGGAAGACUGCGAUGUUAUUCACAACCUAAUAAUGACAGUUCAGGAUCGAUACAAGAAGCUCGUGCAGCGAACGUCGGAGAGAGGCAGGGCGCUGGAGGAUGUCAAAAAACAUGUUAAACAGUUUAUUGAAUCUUGGCGUCUCCUUGUGGACUGGAUGACAGAGGUUGAACAAACGCUGGAUACACAUAAGGAGGUCGGAGUGUCCCAUGAGGAGAUAAAGCAGCAACUCGUAGAACAGAAGGAGUUUCAGAAACUACUAAGAUCAAAAAGGCCCAUGUAUGACGCCACGUCGAAGAGCGGCCGCAGCCUCCAUGAAAGAGCUCAAAGCAGCCGUGACAGGCAGCAUCUGGAAAACCUGCUGGCUGAACUCAAAGACACAUGGGACACCAUCACCGGGAAGUCCAUUGAGAGACAACAUAAGCUGGAGGAAGCCCUGCUGUUCUCAGGAAGAUUCACCGAUGCUCUGCACGCGCUCAAUGACUGGUUGUACAGAGCAGAGCCCCACCUGGCCGAGGACGUUCCCGUUGGUGGCGACAAAGACAUGGUCACCAACCUCAUAGACAAACACAAGGCCUUCCAGAAGGAGUUGGGAAAACGAGCCGGAUGCAUAAGGACCCUGAAGCGCUCUGUGCGGGAUCUGACCAGGAGCAGCACGGCCGAUGCUCACUGGCUGCAGGAGCAGAUGGAGGAGCUGGAGGGCCGCUGGGACGCUGUGUGCCGACUGUCAGUGAGCAAACAGGACAGACUGGAGGCCGCACUUCAGCAGGCUGAGAAGUUUGAUGGUCUGGUUCACUCUUUCAUGGAGAGGCUCACAGAAGCAGAGAGGGUCCUAAAAUACGGGGUCAUACCAGAGGAGGAGGACAGUUUGCUCACCUUCCAGAAGCAACACGAGGAGUCUCUACGUGCCUUGCAUGCUCAAGGGGUAGAGCUGGAGAACAUCCAGAAUCUGGGUGAGGAGAUUCUGGCCACUGGUCACCCAAACUCCAUAAUAACUCUCAAAUCUUGGAUCAGUGUCACCAAGACGCGCUAUGAGGAGGUUCAGACAUGGGCCCAGCAGCAGGCUCAGAAGAUCCAGGCCAGCUUGACAGCCCUGGAAGCAGAAAAAGAGGAAGUCCAGAGACUUUUGGACUGGAUCGCAUCAGCAGAGGAGGCUCUCGUUCUCAGGGAGGAAGAACCUCUGUCCGAGAGAACAGAGCAGAACCAAGAACUUAUUGAGCAGCACACGGUGUUCAUGGAAGAAAUGAAGAAAAAAUUCCCAGAGAUUGUACAUGCCACAAAAUCCUGCAAACACAAGACCAUUCCCAAGCGUCAAGCUUCCCCCAUCAAGAGGCCACUUGCAAAGAGGAGGAGCACUAUGAAGCUGCCGCCUGUCAUACCGGUCCCCUUAGAGCACCUUGACCCUCAGACCCCACAGCUCAUUCAGCUGGUCAGUCAGUGGCAGAAACUUUGGCACAUGGCUGUGGCGAGACAGAGUCGCUUGGAACAACACCAGCAGAUGCUCAGAGAGAUGGAGGAAUUUGCAAACUUUGACUUCAACGUCUGGCGAAAGCGUUACAUUGAGUGGAUCAGUCAUCUGAAGUCCCGGAUCUUAGACGUGUUCCGUAGCAUUGACCGGGACCAGGAUGGCCGGGUCAGCCGGAAGGAGUUCAUUGAUUAUGUCCUUGCCUCAAAAUUUCCAACCAACUCUCUGGAGAUGAAUGCAGUGGCAAACAUUUUUGACUUGAACAAUGAUGGGUUCAUUGACUACUAUGAGUUUGUGAGUGCACUCCAUCCUAGCAGAGACCCCUAUAGGAAAGCACUGGAUGCAGAUCAAAUUAAUGAAGAGGUGAGUCGACAGGUAUCACAAUGUAACUGCCCCAAGAGAUUCCAGGUGGAACAAAUAAGUGCCAAUAGAUACAGGUUUGGUGAUUCCCAACAACUUCGGAUGGUUCGAAUCCUGCGGAGCACAUUGAUGGUUCGGGUUGGAGGAGGCUGGACAGCUCUCGAUGAGUUCCUGGUUAAGAAUGACCCCUGCAGAGUCAAGGGUCGAACCAACCUGAAGAUCAAGGAGAAGUAUUUAUCACCAACAGGGAGCACCACUAAGGGUUUGACUGUGAGCAGGUCGAACUCCAGCCUCAGCCUUUACAGUAGCGCCUCUGCCCCCACCAGCCCCAUGACUCGCAAGGCAUUACUCCUACGGAGUUUCUCAGGUGACCGGUGCAUCCGUCCUAGGAGCUCUAUAGCUGCUCUAGGCUCUGAGCUGCAGUUUGUCUCAGCAGGGGAAGACAACUCCCCCUCUCCCUCAGAUGAAGCUGAGAAGUUGCCAACAUGACAACCUCUGUCUCUGCUGCAAGCAUUCCACCAAAACAAAGCUCUGGAGUAGCGGAACACUGACAUAAAUAGAAAGGAAAAGAUAACCUGAGAAGAAAUGUUGUCUUAUUGACUGACCAGCUGAUAAAAUGAUGAUCCUGAAAAUUGAUAAUGAAUAGGCUGUGACUGUAAGAAACCAACAUGAAGACAGAUAAUGGGGCAGAUAAUGGGGAGUCCAUUCAGGGCCCAGCUAAAGCCUUUUCCACUUUGGGAUUUUAUACAUUAAUCCAAUUACAUAGAAAGUUUUGCAUGGACAAUAACAGCAUGGUAGCCAGAGCCUUCCUCCAUUCAGUGCUGCUUUUGUUCAGUUUCACUCUUCCGUGCUUUCGUGAAAAUAAGCUAAUGCAGAUAAUAGCGGAUUAUUGCAGUGGUUUUCCAAGUUGACAAAAUUAGUAAAAGAACAGCAAGGGGUCGGCAUAGGAAGGGGUUUUGCUGUGUGAUUCUUCCUGAAUGUCCAAAUGAUAAUUAUAAAACUAAACCAAACCAAACCACAGUGCUGUGAAAACAAAUAGGCCCUUUACAGACUUAUUAUGUUUUGGAUGUUUGUUUGUCACACUGGAAUAUUUCAGAACAUCAAACUCUUCACAGAUCCCAAAAUGUACAAAAUGACUUAUUAAAUCAGACAUAAAUAGUCUGAGUAAAACAGAACACAGUAUACCAGUGGUGAUUUCGUUUAUUGGAGGAAGAAGCUAUCCAAACCACUUUGGUCCUGUGUGCAAAAGUAAUUGCACAUCAAACCUAAUUACUGGUUGUGCCACUCUUGAACACAACAACAACCAUCUAUGGUAUCUAAUGGCUAGUUUUAAUCAUUUCCGACUGACAGAUGUUUAAGCAGCACCAUGUAAGCUUUUAGCCAAGUAUUAGCAUAAUUUGAGAUAUAUAAAGGAUUUUUCAGGUCAAUAUAUAGAAUCUGGAGUGUAUCGACGCCCUGUGCUGCUUGCCCUUCUCAGAAACUUGCCUAUGUAACUUCAGAUUGUUGGAAACGUUGCUGGAUGGGUCAUGUGACAUAGCCCGCCACUUUGCAGCAGCUACUUUUCUCAUCUUCGAGUCAAAGUUUGUCAUUGCCCAAGGCAAGCAAAAUGCCAAAAACUAUGGCUCCAUCCGAAUACCUUUUAAUAAUAGCUUCUAGAUCCUGCUUCUUCCUUGAUGGGGAGGAAAGGAGCUUUGGAGUGCUGUGCCGAAUCAGACAGCCUUUAACGCUGACAUCGUUAUGUAAUGGAAAGGCACAUGGGUGAAGCGAGUCAAAUCCAGGCCUACAGCCUUCCGAAAAUGAACGACAGCGUAAACGCUCUCUGCUUUGCAGACGUUUUCAUUGAUUUCUGUGAAGGGGCUGUGCUGAUACGUUAUGUCACACAAAGGAUUGUGGGAUACAUUAAGGGUUCUUACAGCUGGAAAGGGACGUCACGGGGUUCUUAGGCAAAACUAGCGGCGGGAGGGAGCAUACAGGCUACUUUUCCUACCUCCUUCCUUAUUGACUGCACUAUUAGGACAGCACUUAUCAUGGCAACCGCUGACACACUUCUGCUUUGGCUAAAGAAUCCUUGUUAUAUCAGGGAAUUCAGAUUGAGCCAAUGUCUGAGGAGGCAGAAAAGAAAAAAAAGCGGAUCUUGCCAAAAAAUGUGCUUGUUGGUGUUUGAUGAAAGAGCUUUCAGGAUGCAAGACCCAUUCUCUUUAUGCAUCAUUAUUAUUAGACUGGUAAGUUAUAUUUUUCCUGUUGUAUACAGAAUAUGUCUGAGUCUAUUUUUUCCAGUUUUGUAGGAACUAAGUGCCAAGUUACCGGGCUAGAAUUUGUCAGGCAACAAAAGAGAUAUGACACCCGAUCAGACAUUUUUUUAUUUUGGUUCUCUGAUGUAGGAUUUAACCUAGAGUGUUGAAUGUAGCCUUGUCCUUUUAAGUAACUCUAUGACUUUUCAAUCUGCUGGUCCAAAGUGGUCUGCUAUCAGAUUCCAAAACACGGAGGGAGACUGUUUAUUUUUGCGACAGCGGCCUUAGUGGAUGCUAAACCUGGGUGCUACUGGUCUAGUGCCCCUAAUGGCUAAAGGUUACACUGUGCUGCUUUAAUGAGUUUGUUUCUCAUUAGUUCUUAAAUUUCUUGCCAUCGGGGCAUGAUGUGUUGCAUUUUGUGAUAUUUUAACGUUCAUGUUGUCUCCCAGGAUUUAUUUACAUGAGUUAAAGGUUCAACAGGUCUGAUAUGGCAAUUGAAAGUAAUCAAAGUACAUGAUUCAAUUGGGGCAAGUUCGUUUUGAUAGCUUUUUAAUCUUAAUAAUUGAAAUCCUCAUUUGAACACAGUAUUUUGUGUUUACUGAAAAAUCUACAUGGGCCAAAUAACUUUUCACAGCACUUAAAGUGACAGCCAUGUUGGGCUGCCCUGAGUUUUGUAUUACAUUAAUUUUCCUGAUAUAAGGGCAACGUUGUUGGCAGGACCACAUUGUGAUUUUGUUUUCUACCUUUUUACAUAUUUUCCAAUGGUCAUGCAUUUGUGUUUUAUACACUGGAGGUUGUGUUAUUAGCAGUGCACUGAAAAAUGAAAGGCUAUUGUUGAUCUGUAGAGAUUAUUUUCUCAGGAAUGGUUCUGCCUGUGGAAGUGUUUUAUUGAAACAUUACUGUGAACAUAUGUCUGUUGGUUUCUUAAAAACACAUAACUUUCUACAACAAGUUUCUGGUUUAGCACAUUGUUCUUAUAUGAAUAUGCACUUUUAUGUGUCUGUUUGCUGUGUACAUGUUAUGUUUUCCUCUGAAGCAAAUUUGGCAUUUGUUAUCAAGACUGAGAUAUUUUACAGUUACAUUUGAUGGCAAGAGGGUAACAGGGAUAAUGAACCAUUUCCUUUUUUUAAAUAUGAUUUUUUUUUUAUAGCAACAUUAAUUGUUACAUAUUUUACUUGUUGGGCAUUUAGAAGCAUUUAUACAAAUGCAGUAAAAUGUCCAGGAAAUGCGUAAUAAGCUCCAUUCAAGAUUGCUAAUAAUCCUGCAAGAUGUGUUUGUUGUGUGGGUAUAAAUUGUGAAUUAUAAUUUUCUGCACAGAGUACUGUGCCUGUUUUAUACUCUGACCUUUCAUUAUACACCAAUUAUUACUACAAUAUGUUAACAAUAGAACUGCUGUAUUUGUAAGGGUCGCUUUGUACUUUAUCUACCUGAGGUUUGUGACAGUUGCUCAUUGUAUUUAGUCUAUGCAGUUGUCAAACAAAAUCGUUUUAAGGUUGAAAUGGUUUUUACAUGAUCAUGUUUGGACUUCAGAAUACCCCGUUACUUAUAAAAUACAAAAAGCCAGCUUUCUGUCCUAUUGCUAUGCACCCUAAUCUUUCUGUACUGUAAUUGUUUCCACACCCAGCACCCAGCCUGAUGACAUAUUUAGCAACUAUGUAGACGAUGCUCACUAAUCAUUUUACAUCCACUUGUACAGAAACAAGGUUUUUGUAAUAAAAUUGAAGGUUUUUGUGACAGCUUUCAA